GUGAGGUUGAGGCGACACGCACACGAGGGCAGACGCGGAUGGUGGAGACAGUUAUAAUUAAUGGACGGACACAGCGUGAUGGUGGUGGUUGGUGGUGGUGGAGACACCGUUCGUGGUGGAGAGACGCAGAGUGAUUGAGAGUGGAGAGAGUGAUGGUGGAGACACCGUGGUGGUGGUGGUGGUAGUGGAGGCAGAGAGAAGUCGGAGGAGUCGGAGACAGCAGAGCACGCGAGGGAGCCGUCAAGCCCCGGGAGAGAGACACACCACAGCGGUGUGAAGGCCACAGAGGAGGAGGAGGAGAAGCGGAGCGAGGAGCUCGUAGCCGGCGCAAUGCUGCUCCAGGGGAAGGUGGCGCUGGUGAGCGGCGCAGCCCAGGGGCUCGGGAAUGCGUUCACCGAGGCCAUACUCGCCAGGGGAGGGAAGGUGUCUUUGGUUGACAUCAACCCCACUGUUGGACAGGCAGCAAAGUCCGAACUGGAUUCUCAAUUUGGAGCAGACAAGAGCAUAUUUCUGCAAUGUGACGUUACCAGUGCCACGGAGCUGCAGGAUGCCUUCAACAAGACCAAGAGUCACUUUGGGGCGAUCGACAUCGUCAUCAACAACGCCGGUAUCAACAAUGAAGCCGAGUGGGAGAAGACCUUCAACAUCAACCUGGUGGCGGUAGUGAGGAGCACGUACCUGGCCCUUGAGAUCCUCAGCAAGGGUGGCGUCGUCAUCAACAUCGCGUCGAUGGCAGGCCUGGGCGUCAUCCCGUAUGCGCCAGUAUACUGUGCAUCCAAGCACGGCGUCGUCGGAUUUUCCCGCGCCAUCGCGGGCGCGUGUGAGCUGCAGGGCCGUGGCGUGCGCGUGUGCUGCGUGUGUCCCACCUACGUGGACACACCGCUUCUGAGCACGGUGGGGAGGGCUGACACCAUGGGGCAGUUUGAGGACCUGAGAGAGGGGUUGGUAAAGACUCUCAUGGACACGCCGAUAAUGCAGCCCUGCUCGGUGGUGGAGGGAGUAAUUCGCCUCCUGGAGGACGACUCGCUGAAUGGCACCGUAAUGUCGGUGACUCCCAAGAAAGGCGCGCAUGUACACGCGUUCCCCAGUAGCCUGCUUUAAGAGCCACAGACGUCCAAGAUGCACGACCACUCAACCCGAGACGUCAUCGGCCUUUCGUCUAUCGCGAUACCCAUGGGCCUUCUAAACGUUGCAAGCCCAACGAAUUAUAUUGUCACGUGUAUGUAUGUAUGAUUAACUUCUUUCGCACCAUACGUAGCCAAAUGUGCUCAUUUGAGGUCGCCUGGUGCACAAGUGUUUUUAGUGAUGCGCCGGUUAUUAUCGUUUGAGCUCACCGUGGGGGAGUUGGAACAGCGAUUCUCACAGCCAAACUUAGCGACUGGACAAUGCAAAGUUUUUGCUUGAAACCGCGUAAAGCAUCUGACAGGUAAGAUCCCGGAAGUUGGAAUGACAAUCACCAGACAAUCUGUAAAAAUCAAAUAUGAAUCAAUAUUGGCUGUGAAAAUCUACAAGUUAACUAAAUGUCAAACAUUAUGCAGCACGUAAUAUACCUCAUAUACUGUAUGCUGAAGUGAGACAAUCAGAUCAUGGAGAUGAAUAUGAACCCAAUUCCGUACGUCAGGUUGGGAAGUUCUGCGUGAGUGGAUUGAUUGCAAUAGCCCCUGGAAUAACUCAACAGACUUGUCAACUCAAGACGGUAUUUUGUACCCAACAGUCUGGAGGCGGCAAACACCACCGCACUCGGGAGUUUUCCAGUGUGAGAUGAUGCACGCUCGGUGGCUUUCAUUCACAGUUGUAAUGUGAUGACUCCAUGGGGAGUGAGGUCACCAGGUGUGCGCGUGACACCCGGAAAGUCGUCAUUCACUGUGCCACCGAGACGGAGCCACCCCACACUGAAGCCAUGACCCUCACUAUCACCUAUGACCCCCACCCACGGUUAUUCACGGGGGUUGUCAGGAUUCGGGUAGUUCGCCGAUCUAUUCAAAGCCACAUUCUUUUUUGUUCUGAUUUCGACCGUCUAAUUUGAAUUGUUUCUUCCGUCUCUCGUGCAGUUUUGUUUUGCUGUUGGCCUGAGUAUAACCCAAGCCGAGGAUUUGCAUCGAAGACUAAAUAAUUAUUUACCACGUAAUGGGAAUGCUGAUGUAAUGAAUGUAGGAGUCUAUCAACCGUUGCAGCAAUGCAUCUUCUCGUGACUAAUAUCGUUAAUUUCAUGUAUCAUCAUAUUCAUGUACUACCAUCGUUCUCAUUAACUCAUUUCAUCACACUAUUUUGCUGUACAAAUAGCUCAUUCUUUGUUCAGCGCCUUAAGCCAAGGCGCUAUAUAAAUUAAAAUAAUAUUAGAUAACUAGUACAGAGCGGAACAAGCAAUGAUUCAUCAUUGAUUUGGGAGUGAUUGUGAAUGGUAAUAUCGGCUGUAAAAAGCGGAACAAGCAAUGAUUCAUCAUUGAUUUGGGAGUGAUUGUGAAUGGUAAUAUCGGCUGUAAAACCAACGUGUUAAAGAAACCAACGACGUAACAGGACAUGCGCUCGCUUGUGCCUGAACACUUGAAAAAGAGCGCGUGUCAUUGUCGGCCGCCGCGUAGCAGUGCAAACGUACUUCACGUCCCUGUACCGGAGGGGCAGUACGAGCCUUCGUGCAUCUACGUCAAUUGCCUGCAUCCUGCACGGCGCCAGAACGCGCCGGUGUGUUCGGUAGGUUCUAGGUGAUAUAACUCGAUAACAGAUCAUCCUGCUGGUCACUCUGGCAGCAGAUAAACCCAUAAAAUGCGAUAAUUUUUAUUCUCAAGAGGCUGAAAGCUUAAAACAAGUGAAGUAAUUUUUUUAAUUUUUUGCUUAAACACGGUGCCUUUCUGCCACAUCUGCCUUUCCCAAGUGCCGUCACAUCAGUACUCAUGAAUGUAAAAAUAGAUUAUUUGAAAUCAAAACACUGAUGUGCCUGAAGCGAUGUGCAAAGUUACGAAACGGAAAAUGCAAAUGCGGAGGAUGUGCGUGGGUAUGAAUGAGAGUGUUUUGAAAACAAGUGGAUGGAUUUGGUUUCAGUUUG